CAUCAGCUGUUAGUUAACCGCCCAUAAUCAUAAAUACCAAAUUAUUACUAUUAUAAAUAAAUGUCUAAAAUAAUAAUAGAUCAACUAAAUCACGCACAAAAGGUGCGUAUUUUAUAUAAGACAAUAUUACGCUUGCACAGAGGCUUGCCAGAGGAAUUGCGCGAUUUAGGUGAUAAAUAUGCACGCGAUGAAUUUAGGCGGCAUCUCACAUGUGCACCUAUGGAGGCGCAACUAUUUAUGACGGAAUGGGCCAAAUACGCAGUAACGAUCACCUCACAACUAGGAUUGAAAGGUAAACCAACUGGGGCAAUAGGUGAUGAAUUGGACACCAGUACCGUUGAAAUGCUUAAAGACGAUCAAGUCGUUCAAUUAUAUGAGCUCAUGUUAGCUGCUAAAGGCGUUGAAGGUGACAAAAUUACAGUUGAAGAUGUGAAAGGGAAAUAAAAAAACAUUUUUUCAAAUUGCUACUCGAUAUAA